AUGUUGUUCUUGAAAUCUCAUCUUGUUGUUCUAUGUCAUCUGGCAUCGGGCAUUGGAAAAUUCCGGGCUGCCAGUGUUAUUAGUCACAUUAGUUUUGUUAUUUUUUUUGCCUACAAGCUAGAAGAUAUGUCAUCUCAAAAUUCUGAAGAAAAACCUGCCGAGGAACCAGCUACUACAGAUAAAGAUAAUACAGAAACACCGUCGACUUCAUCUAGUACAGUAGGAACAGAGAGUCCUAAACUGGGCCAAAGUUUGACUAUGGAGCAGUUGCGUAGAUAUUUGGCUGAAAAAUUAGGUUUUCACGAUGACAGCUCGGAUGAGAGGGAGAAGGUUAAGAUUCUAGAUAAUGUGAACUUGGAUGGUAUUGUGGAAUACAUUAGAAAGAAUAAUUGUAAAAACAUAAUUACGAUGGCUGGAGCUGGAAUCUCAACUUCGGCUGGGAUACCUGAUUUUCGCUCUCCAGGAACGGGGCUAUAUGACAACCUACAAAAAUACAACUUACCUCAUCCCCAAGCCAUAUUUGAAUUGGAUUUCUUCCAUGAAAAUCCAAAACCAUUUUUUGUCCUGGCCAAAGAAUUGUACCCAGGAAGUUUCAAACCAACUGUAUGCCACUACUUCAUCAAAAUGCUUGCAGAGAAAGACCUGCUGCUCAGACAUUAUACCCAAAACAUAGAUACUUUGGAGAGAGUAGCUGGUAUCCCCGAUGAUAAAAUUGUUGAAGCUCAUGGGACAUUUUAUACUGGCCACUGCUUGGGUUGUCGCUACAAAUAUUCACUUGACUGGAUGAAAGAAAGAAUAUUUAAAGACGAAAUUCCAGUGUGCGAAAAAUGUCCUGGCGUUGUUAAACCUGACAUAGUAUUCUUCGGGGAAAAUUUACCAGAUAGGUUCCAUAUUCUUAUUGGAAAAGACUUUCCAAAAUGUGACUUAUUGAUAGUUUUGGGGUCGUCGUUGAUUGUACAACCGUUUGCCUCACUUAUUGAUAGAGUUGAGCCUAAAGUUCCCCGGUUAUUGAUAAAUCACGAGAAAGCUGGCCACCAGUCAGGAAUAAUGUCAUUGCUUGGCAUGUCUUCCGGAAUGGACUUUGACUCAAAGGACAACACACGUGAUGUCUUCUGGUGUGGCGACUGUGAUGAAGGAUGCCAAUUGCUGGCAGAUAAACUGGGUUGGGGAGAUGAAUUAAGGGAAAUGGUUAAAAGAGAGCACGAAUCCAUCGACCAAUCUACGUGUGAAUCAAAGCAGACAGAUAAAAAGAUAAGUGAUACAAAAAACAAAGAUGAACCCAAAGACAAGGAGGAGGCCGGACCACCUCCACAAAAUGAAGACUCUAAAAAACCUUAAUAAGUCACUGUUACAAUUACUCUCAUAUUUUUUAUUGGUCUGACUGCUGUGCAAACAACAGCAGAUUAAUGAUUAUUGGUAUGUUUUGUCAUUUUGACAUUACAUUUGUUAAAACUGGGUCUGUUGUUUAUGCUCUCAUUAUUUCAUAUCAAAUAUGUAUCCAUUAGAAAUAUUGUACAAUGUUCUGUGUUGCAUUAGAACGUGCAAUGAAGUCAAGCUGUUAUAAAAAAUAAUUUAUUAGGUGUAUAAGAAUGUAUAUUCAUGUACUCAAAAAAUAAAAAGUGAAAUCAUUAAUAAUACCUUCGUUACUAUAAAUGUCAGUCUUAACCCCAAUCAUAAGAUUGAUAUAACAAAAUCAUAUGAACAAGUAAUACAGAAUGUGUAUAAAUAAAGAGAAACAUGGGUAUAUAUUCUGUACUACUUGAUCACAUAAAUUAAGAGUUUAUAAGUAUAUGAUGAUCAUAACAAUCAAAUUAUAUAUAGAAAUGUAGAGAUAUAAAAUAUUCCAAAGGUAUUCAUAAAUAUAUUUAAAA